AUGAGCAAAGCUUUGAAGGCACAGGUACCCAUGGCGCGUGUGUUCUCGUUGCAGACCUCCUCCGACCGCGCGUCCAUCCUGAGCAUCCUCCAGGUCCUCGGGGACCUGCUGUCCGUCGGCACGGACAGGCGGAUCCGCUACAUGAUCAGCAAGGGGGGCAGCGAAGCCCUCCUGCAGACCCUGGUGGACACAGCAAGGACCGCGUCUCCGGACUACGGCAUCCUCCUGCCCCUCUUCCGACUGCUGGCCAAGGUCGGCCUGCGAGAUAAGAAGUUUGGCCAGAAGGCCCUGGAGUUGGAAGCUCUUGAUGUCACGUUGAUUCUCGCCAGGAAGAACCUGUCCCACAGCCUGAACCUCCUCCACUGCCUCUGGGCCCUGCGCGUGUUCGCCUCGAGUGUCACCACGGGAGCCAUGCUGGGAAUCAACGGAGCCAUGGAACUGCUCUUCAAGGUCAUCCCCCCGUACACCAGGAAGCGUACCCGGAUCAUCAGGGGAGCCCGUGACCGACGUCGCCUUUUCCCGUUGGUUUCAGAGUCUAACAGCCGCAGGGCGGUGAACAGGGGCUACGUCGCCAGCUUGCUCCGGCUGCAUCAGGACUGGCACAGCCACGACACGGCCAACAGCUACCUGCCGAUCCGCCGGGCACUUCUGCUCUGCCUCAAGCACAUUGCCACCCUCCAGUCUGGCAGGGAGGCCUUUCUGGCAGCCCAGGGCAUGGAGAUCCUCUUCAGUAGCACACAGAGCUCCCUGGAGGACAGGAGCCUGGAACCCGUCACCUCCGUCGCGCUUCAGGUCCUGAGGCAGUGCUACCCCAAGAGCCCCCUUCCCUUGGUCACGGCCAGCAGUGCCUACGCCUUCCCCGCCCCCGGGCACCUCCCGUCGGAACCCCCACGCCGUCUCGCUGAAGAGGACUUCGAAGAUGAUGGUGACGGAGAAGAGGACAGAGACUCCGAUUCUGAAGAUGCGAAAGAGGAAGACGAUGACUUGGAAACAGACGUCAACAAGCUGAGCUCCAAACCUGGACUUGACCGGCCCGAAGAGGAGCUGAGGCAGUACGAGGCCAUGUGCCUUGAGCUCUCCUGCAGCUUUGAGGACCUGGAGCCCACACCCGGAGAUGACGUCCACCCUGACGCCAACCACAUCCACAUUCCAACCGCUGCCUCCCUGAAGCAGCGUUGCCUGGAUGAGGACCAGAGCUCCCGGGGACGGGAGAGGGAGGGACGGGAGAGGGAAGCUGCCCCCGAGACGUCUCUCCUGAGCAAGGCCAAGAGGGGGAGGUCCCCCGUGCACCCCAUUUCCAAAAACGGACCUGGGAUGAACCUGCAACCGCACACCCAGCCCAACGGGCUUGGGGUGGAUCCUUCCGGAAAGGAAGUCCUUGACCUUGAGACUCUCCUCCAAGAGGAUGCUUGGGACAUGGACAUGACCUCCUGCGCUAGGACAGGCGCCUCCCUUCCCAGCUCCACUCCCCCUGGGGACACUGCGGACGGAAUCCAUGAACUUCUGCAGACACACCCCCAGGACGUGCCCUUCCACGACCCCUAUGUCUAUCUGGCCAAAGCCAGAGGCACCAAGUCCGUGGCUGACUUCAAGACGCCGGCGUUCCCUGACCUCUGGGGCCACUGCCCAUCGCACUCCCCGGAGCCCCUGCUGGAACGCAAGCGUGGGAUCCAAAGGGUGAAGAUAUUCGAGGACAUCCGGAGGCUCCUUCAGCCCAGCGACGUGAUAGGCAAAGUCGUCUUCAGUUUAGACGAGCCUCGGCAAGGCACGGCUCCCAACUGCCUGCGGUUCUCCUCCAAGUUCGAGUCCGGAAACCUGCGCAAAGCCAUCCAAGUGCGUGAGUUUGAGUACGACUUGCUGGUCAACACUGACAUCAACUGCACCCAGUACCAGCAGUGGUUCAACUUCAAGGUGCGCGGCAUGAGGGCCGCCACCCCGUACCGCUUCAACAUCAUCAACUACGAGAAGCCCAACAGCCAGUUUAACUACGGGAUGCAGCCCACCAUGUAUUCUGUGAAGGAGGCUCUUCUCGGAAGACCCACCUGGAAGCGGACGGGCUAUGAAAUCUGCUAUUACAAAAAUCACUAUCGCGAGAGCAUGGCUGUCACAGGGGGCACGUCCAGGAAGUGCUAUUACACCCUCACCUUCUCCGUCACCUUCCCGCACCAUGGCGACGUCUGCUACCUGGCCUACCACUACCCCUACACCUACACGGCCCUCAUGACUCACCUGGACCUCCUGGAAAAAAGUGUGGACCCCAAGACGGUGUACUUCCGGCAGGAGGCGCUCUGUCGGACGCUGGGAGGCAACGCCUGCCCGCUGGUGACGGUCACAGCCAUGCCCGCCUCGGCCAGCCCGGCCCACCUGGAGCAGUUCCGGCAGCGUCCGUACCAGGUGAUCACAGCCCGCGUCCACCCGGGAGAAACCAACGCCAGUUGGGUGAUGAAGGGGGCCUUGGAGUUCCUGGUCAGCGGUGACCCCGGGGCCCGGCUCCUGAGGGAAAACUUCAUCUUCAAGAUCAUCCCCAUGCUCAACCCCGACGGGGUCGUCAACGGCAACCACAGAUGCUCCCUGCGGGGGGAGGACCUGAACCGGCAGUGGCUGGCGCCCAGCGCGCAGCUCCAGCCAACCAUCUACCACGCCAAGGGCCUGCUCUACUACCUGCACAGCACCGGCCGCACCCCCGUGUGGCACCUCCUGGUUACCUGCGAGGCUGUAUGUAACUGCUUCCCGAUGACGGCCGGCCGCACGCCGCCGCUCACUCAGUGCCUGGAAGAUUCCCACUGCGUCAUCGCUGAGCCCUGGCCGGUGUGGCUCAGUGGAAAGAGCGUCUUCAAAGAGGAGCAGAAAAAGAGCGUGGAGAGCUCUCACGCCACAGCACUCGGCUAG